AGAAGUGAGAGAUGAGAAAAAUUUUAAAUUACGAGACCUCUAGUUAUCUGUAUUUCACUUGUGAGUUAUUUGAGUAUUUCUUUCUGUACCCAACAGAUCCUUAAGUCACUGAAUGCCAACGCUUUCUCGUCCAAAUGCCAUGAAGAGCUUCCAAAGACCUCAAUGAGCUCCAAUGCGUGGCGUAUCUCGAAGAGUGCAACAACUUUUGAGACCCAAACUUCACAAAGACUCGUUCUAUUACACAGAACUGUUGAACCUUUGCAAAACCACCGACAACGUUAAAAAAGCGCACGCCCAGGUUGUGGUCCGAGGCCACGAGCAAGACCCCUUCAUUGCCGCAAGGCUCAUCGAUAAGUACUCUCACUUCUCCAACCUACACCACGCACGCAAGGUGUUCGACAAUUUGUCCGAACCAGAUGUUUUCUGUUGUAACGUGGUCAUCAAGGUUUACGCCAAUGCGGAUCCCUUCGGUGAGGCUUUGAAGGUUUACGAUGCGAUGCGUUGGCGUGGCAUCACCCCGAACUACUACACUUACCCGUUUGUGCUCAAGGCUUGCGGCGCCGAGGGAGCUUCUAAAAAGGGUCGAGUGAUUCAUGGGCACGCAGUGAAGUGUGGAAUGGACUUGGAUUUGUUUGUGGGCAAUGCCCUUGUUGCGUUUUACGCUAAGUGUCAAGAUGUUGAAGUGUCCAGAAAAGUGUUUGACGAAAUUCCUCACAGAGAUAUUGUUUCUUGGAACUCAAUGAUUUCGGGGUAUACUGUGAAUGGAUAUGUGGAUGAUGCUAUUUUGCUUUUCUAUGAUAUGUUAAGAGAUGAAAGUGUGGGGGGUCCUGAUCAUGCCACGUUUGUAACUGUUCUUCCGGCGUUUGCUCAGGCAGCGGAUAUUCAUGCAGGGUAUUGGAUUCAUUGUUAUAUUGUGAAGACAAGGAUGGGACUUGAUUCUGCUGUGGGGACUGGACUUAUAUCGUUGUACUCAAAUUGUGGUUAUGUAAGAAUGGCACGAGCCAUCUUUGACAGGAUCUCUGAUAGAAGUGUUAUAGUGUGGAGUGCAAUAAUUAGGUGCUAUGGAACACAUGGUCUUGCGCAGGAGGCGCUUGCUUUGUUCCGGCAAUUGGUUGGGGCUGGCUUGCGCCCUGAUGGUGUUGUGUUUUUGUGUUUGUUAUCUGCGUGCAGUCAUGCAGGUUUGCUUGAGCAGGGCUGGCACCUUUUUAAUGCCAUGGAAACUUAUGGAGUGGCGAAGAGUGAGGCACAUUAUGCUUGCAUUGUGGAUCUGUUGGGGAGAGCUGGGGAUUUGGAGAAAGCAGUGGAGUUUAUUCAGUCUAUGCCUAUCCAACCCGGGAAAAACAUUUAUGGUGCAUUGCUGGGUGCUUGUAGAAUACACAAAAAUAUGGAGCUUGCUGAAUUGGCCGCGGAGAAGUUGUUUGUCUUGGACCCUGAUAAUGCCGGGCGUUAUGUGAUUCUAGCACAGAUGUACGAAGAUGCAGAGCGAUGGCAGGAUGCGGCCAGGGUGAGGAAAGUAGUCAAGGACAAAGAAAUAAAGAAGCCAAUUGGGUAUAGCUCCGUAGAGCUGGAAUCUGGUCAUCAGAAAUUUGGGGUAAAUGAUGAGACUCAUGUGCAUACAACACAGAUCUUCCAGAUCUUGCAUAGCUUAGAUAGGAUUAUGGGGAAAGAAACUCGUGCAAUGUGAUGCCAUUUUGUAGGAAAUGGUGGAUAUAGCGGGUAUAUCCAACCAUGGGAAAGAGACCUGUCAUCGCCACCAUGCUAAUAAUUUACCAAUACAACCUGGACUUUGCAUAUUUUAUGUUUCCAAGAUAUUAAAAGCAUUUAUUUAUUUAUUUUUAUUUAGUGCUAGUUUUUAGAGUAA